AUGAGUUUUUCUGACGAGGACUGCGAGAAUCUGAUUGAACUAAUCAGGCAGCACCCUCCGCUAUACAAUGCACAACUAGACUCCUACAGAGACGAACAUUUGAAGGACAAUAUUUGGAAAAGCAUAGCUGAAAGCAUAAAUAAAACAGAUUCGGAAUGCCGUAAAAAAUGGAAACUGAUCAGGGACUCCUACAACAGAUACAAGCGCAAACAAAAACAAUCGACGGGAUCUGCAGCACCAGCUAAAAAUUCAAAGUGGCAGUUUUAUGAACGCUUAAGAUUUUUAGAAAACACACCAUCAGAACGGCAAAGCUGCACCAGUGUAGAACAAGAACAGCAAAGCUCCGCCAGUGUAGAGAAAGAAGUUACUAAUACCUCCCCAGGAGUAGAACAUGAAGAUACUCCUCACGAAGCCGCAGACACGUCAGUACAUAACUCAACACUCAACACUCCUUCAAAUGAGUUACCAGGCACUUCUAAAUCUACACAAGAGAGAUCUAAUAUACCACUAAGUAACAUUUCUGAAAAAUCGACCGCCAAGAAUACAAAGAGAAAGAGACAAAAAGAAGAUGAAUUUAUAAAAUUUAUGAAGGACAGACAGGAAAACCGAAAUAGACAGCUGGAGUUAUUGAAAUCUCAAGAUCCAGUUGAUGAUAUAUCGACAUUUACAAAGCAUAUUGAAAUGAUGCUAAGAAAAUUGAGCCCACAUUCAAGAGCAAUGGCAAAAACUGAAAUAUUUAAUAUUGUCUCGAAGUAUGAGAUUGGAGAUAUCGAGGGUCAAACUGAACGUCCCUAUACAAGUUCAUAUAUUUCAAAUUCGUCAUACAAUUCAUAUUCUCCGAUAAGUGCAGCUUCAUCAGAACACCAAACACAGACUGGAUUGACAAAUAUUUCGAGUGAACCAUUUCUAAUCAAUUAUGGUGAAAUUGACCAGAACAAUAUCAAUGAAUUGGCAAACUUACCUUAAAGUUAGUGCUAAUUUUUCUUUCACUGAUAUUCUUCCCUUUUCUUGCAUUGUUUUUUUCAUUAAAUUUAAUACGUAAUCAAACUGUGUUUUAUUGAGCCGAAAAUACUUCCUGAAUAUAUUGUCAUCAAACAUCAGGUGCUUCUUUACUAAUAGCGAAAAUGAUCCUUCUUGACCUCUAGUUAAAUAUAAAUCCUUA